UUUGUGUUGUGUGUGUAAAACAAAAGUAAAUAUUGUGAUGGAAAAAUCAACUUCUAUUCUUGUGUUAAUUUUGUUUGGUCUCCUAUUCGCUUGUGUCAUCGAAGCCACUGAGACGAACCUUCAGGAUGAGACCAGCGGCGGUUCACAACGCAAUGGUCCCUCCAUCAGGACCAAGCAGACGAAACCAACCACGGUCGGUGUAAAACCAUGGUCACCAUCACAACGCGAUAGCCUUCGGAAUGUUACCAAAAUACAUUCCAGUCCCACCAUCAGCACCAAGCAAGAAGACCAAAAGCUCAAAGCUCAAAGCAAAAAUAUGUUACCAAAAAACGUUCCGAUCCCACCAUCAAGACCAAGCAGAAAAGAAACUCCUCCAACGCCACCACAUAGAUCUGUGUGA